GUUCCCAGUUCCCGGUUCCCGCCCGGCCGCAGCCGCCGCGGGACCCCCCCCCCAGGGAGGGGGGACGAGCCCAUGGCCAGGAAGGAGCCGCUGCUGAGCGCCUUUAAAGGUGGGGUGCUGCGGCUGCGGGAGGACGGGGGGCCCUGCACAGACACCUCGCCGCACCUCGCUUCCUUCUGCCAGCUGCUGGAGUGCAUCCUGCGCAAGGGGCUCCGACAGCCAGCCUGGGGCUUCAGGAGACGGGAUUACUGGCACUGGCUGGACCAGCUUCCCACGGGGGACAGUGGCAGGCCGACCCCUCUCUCCAUCAGCAUCCAGAAAGCAGGCAGCUGCGAGAAGGCACGGACGGCGCAGGGCCACGGGCGGUACUUUCUGCGCCUGGCUCUGCAGGGAAAGGUGCUGGCAGCGGCUGUGCAGCAGCUGGCACAGACCCCCCGGCUCCUGGAGUUUUAUGAUCCGGUGAGCUCCAUCCUCGGCAACGAAGACCUCCUGGAGCCUUUCCUCUCGCUGCUGCUGGUGGUGACAGAGAUGGAUUUCUCCCUGGACCUGCAGAAUUGCAGCUUCUUGGAUGAAAGCUGGCUGCUGCCGGUGUGCAUCACUUACGAGACGGUCCCAUGCCGAGCGCUGGGGAUGGUGCUCAGGUACGUGGACGGCCGAGUCUUUGUCACCGAGGUGCUCCCCGAGAGCCAGGUGGAGGUGGACGAGGUGGUGCUGGCCGGCGACAUCCUCGACGAGAUCAACGGCUGCUCGCUGAGAAACGCCUACAGUGGGCAGGCCGGGGCCAUGCUGCAGAAGCUGAAGGGACAACCGCUCAGCUUCCGCCUGCUGCGGUGGCAGUGGCACGACGGGGGGGUCUACGAGCCACUGCUGCCCUACCUGAAGGUCCUGAAGGAGAAGGAGCCCCGCUUCCAGCUCCAGCGCAGCCCCCGGCGCAGGGGUGAGGGGGAGUCACAGAGGCUGCAGGGGGACAGGCUGCUCUACAACCUGCGGUACCUGGGCCGGACCAGCAUUGGGGAGUACGGUGGCAAAGAGGUGCUGGACCGGGCCAUCCCCGCCGUGCUGGAGAGGCACUCGGCAGCGCGGGAGGUUUUAUUUGAUGUGAAGGAAGCAGAAGUCCUUAUACAGGAGAAGACUUCUUCCAAGCUCCUGUGCCGCUACCCCUACCCCACCAUCUCCUGCGUGGGACGCUAUGUGGACAGCAGCAAUUUAUUCGCCUUCUGCGUGGCCGCUUCCCCAGAGAGCCCUGACGGGAGCACAUUCGACUGUCUGGUGUUUGCAUCGAGUUCUGAGCAAGAAUGCGAGGAAAUCAUCAGGAGAAUGGCUGCAGGAUUUAAGCACACGGAGUGGUUUGUCUGAUAAGGGAGAGCCCUGGCUCCAGCCCCGAGCUCCGGUGGUCCAGCCUUCGCCUGCGACACAGCCGCCCGGCAGCGCUCCGAGCGAGGCAGGCCCCAGCUCCAGGGAGCAGGAGUCAGGGUCCUUUUCAAACUGCUUUCAGGCAGCCGUUGUGGAAGGAAGUGCUGUAAACACGUCCGGUCUGCAAACAAUUGCGUGGACGGCCAGUGUUGACUUACUGCCUGCUCUCUGGUAUAAACCAUUACUGUUCUUCCUCCUGAAAUGCCACUUCUGCCAUGGCACUUUUAAUUUCAUUGAAAUAAAUCAAGAUGAGCUGGCUAAACUACUUCCCUGUGCUACUUUUCUGUGCCAACUCUAGCCUUACUAGUGCAGCCCGUUCUUUAAGAGCUGAGGAGAGCCGGCCUCACAAUUCAAUUUAAAUGUUAAUUACCUGUGUUUCAGAUGCAGCCUGAGCAGCUUUCCUGUACCACAACCUAACAAGGUAGGGCUGUUCCCAGAGGCACUGCUGAGAAAACCAGACCUGUCUCAGCAGAGAGCCCAAAGAGCUGUUCUGAAGUGAAGGUCGGAGUGUAUAAUCCUGUUUCAUCAAAAAAGCUUAGAUGGGAAAUGAGAAUCUUAUUGAGUGCCCAUUCCAGUUUGCUUAGCAGCCCAUAUGCUCUCAGGUUGUAUAAUUAGCUUUUCCA